AGAUAUACACUGCUUGCUGCGUGUGUCCCGUAUUGACCAUGGCCGUUGCGAAGCAGCAGAAGAACGCGCCAGCGGCAGCGUCAGCAUCAGCAGUGGGCGCUACUACCGCGGCGGCCACGGCCAACCUCUGGGAAACCAUGCUGCGAGACGCGAUGCGGAGAAGCCGGCUUCCUUCCAGCACGCUCGUCUUCGUCGGCCCCAAGUGCUGCGGCAAGUCGUCUCUCCUCGACACCUUCCUCGAGGGGCAGGGAUCCGCCUCUACUAACAACCCUUCCGGCAGCGGUGCAGCGGCUGCCUCCGCCGUUGUCGCGCCGACCCCGGACAAGAAGGGUCCCGAGGGCGGGGCGGGCGGCGGCGGCGGGGGUGCGGCAUCUGCAGGAGCUUCGGCGAGCGGCGGCAGCGGCGGCGGCGACCCCAUCGCGGGGCAGGCCUUCCACCCCGUCCUGUCGUACGCAUACCUGGACGCGGCGGACCCGGCGGAGCAGGGAGCGGAGCGGGAUGAGUCGCCGCCCCGCGUGAGCGUUUGGUCCUGUAGCGGGCUGGAGUUCGAGCCCUUGCUGGAGACGGUGCUUCGACCGGAGGAGCUCCCGAACAUGGCCGUGGUAGUUGCCGUUGACCUGUCUCGGCCCUGGGAGGUCAUGGAUUCUGUGGAAAAGUGGACGUCGGCGAUGGAAAAGCACGUGACCUCGCUGCUCUUGCAGCUCUCCGUCGGAGCCCAGGACGACCUGCGCAGCGCCGUCAAGGAGAGACUAAGAGGGAAAGCAAAGGAGAUCGGCGGAGCGGGUGGCAGGAUGGGAGGCAGCAGCGGCAACGACCCUCCUGGCGGGGGCCUGGGCGACGGAGUUCUAGAGAGAAAUCUUGGCGUGCCCAUGGUGGUGGUCGGGUGCAAAGCGGACUCAUUGCAGAGCGAGACGUUCGAGCAGCAGCAGCGAUUGCACUUUAUCCAGCAGAGCCUUCGCCGAUUCUGCCUGAAAUACGGAGCGGCCUUGGUCUACACAUCGGUAAAGGACGGCGUGAACUGCAGCCUGCUGCACCGAUAUCUGCUCAGCUGCAUCUACCCUGAUGCGUUUUCGUUCUCCGAGGAAGGCCAGACGUCCGACGCGGCCUUCAUCCCUGCAGGCUGGGACUCGAAGCGCUUGAUCGACGGCCUCCUUUCUCCGGACAAGACCCCGUGGGGACCCAACGCAACAUUCGCGGAGGUAGUGGUCCCUCCUCCCGGUGCCGGCGGCCGGGGGGCUGGCGGCAGCGGCAUGGGGGGGUGGAUGGACGGCGACCCCGGUGGGGACGGCGGCGGUCUUGCUGCCGGGGGGGGAGAGGCGGGGGGCGGCGGCGGCGAAGGGGGAGAGACCGUGGAGUCGGAGGAGGCUUGGUUGUCGAGCCUCGGGAAGCAGGUGGCCGGAACGGAUAGCAAGUCGCGAUGGCCCAGCGCGAUAGCAGCGGCAGCCAAGCACGCCAAGGCGUCCAAGUCGCCCCGGAAAAUACCGGCCAACGCGCCGGACCCACGGAGCUUCUUCGCCAACUUGCUGGCAACCGGGAGCGGGGCGGGGUCGCCACCGGGUCCACAGAGGAAGAAGUCCUGACCCCCGAGCCGUGCGAGCUGCGCUGCUCUUCUCGGGUUGGCUGCUUGGUGCGGGAAGCGAGGUCGCCUGCUCCUUGCUCUUUGGGCUGGCGAGCGCGCAGCUGUUGGUUCGCGUUUAACCUUCGCAUACACAUUGUUCGCUGCUAUCGUUGUCUGCUGAACGGUUUUCUCCAUCGAACUUUUUUCUCGUCUUGCAAGAAAACAACGCAUUGGCUUGUUGAGUGUAGCACGAAAAGACGGGGGAGACACCCUACGCUCUGCCUUCUUUUUUUUUUGCGUGAGGAAAGCCUAUGCUAGGUACGCUAGAUGACCGUUUGCUUUUUUGGUGGCGAGCGGCGGAUUUAUCAUUUCCCUGUUUUACGCAGUUUGGUAGUAUGAAGAAUCGAAGGUGUGGGAUGAGGUGGAAUGCCGGCGGAGGUAUCCAUUGCGGAAAUUAACGAACCGGCGGGCAACGCCAUUCUGUAGUUCAACACCCCGCGAUGUAAACGCGGCAUGGUUUCAACAAUUCAACAUAAUUAUAAAAUCGGCAUUGCCGGAUUUUUUUUUUUUUUCGCGUACGCCGGCCGCACCCAUCGUCUUGAUGGC